AUGAUGACUCCAAUGAGCGAGGACGGAGGUCCUUUGAGGGAAUGGGCACCAUUGACGAGUCUCCUGCAACAGAUACCGGUUAAACUCCAGAGCGGAAUAUUCACCCAGGACAUAAAUUUCACCUGCAUCGACGCAGUUCCGGAGUUUAUAGCCAUCGGAACAAACUGCGGGCUAGUUUACUGGUUCGACAGAGCAUCUGGAGAAUUGCAGCGUCUGAGAUGUGAGAAUGCCAGCUCUAACAUCACUUGUUUACGGGUAAUAUCCACAGUAGACUACAUGGUAGCUGCUGGAAAUAAUCUUGGAGUAGUUACAGUUUUUCAGAUUCCAAAAAACCUUCCAGAAUCUCUGCCAGACAGCUUGAAGCCGAAGCAAAAGAAGCAAAUAGAGCGUUACAAUAUCGGAGGGCUUCAUAAGAGUCCAGUUAGUGCUGUCGAGUGGUCUAAAAAUGGAAUGAAGCUAUUUAGCGGUGAUCAAGACGGACUUGUUGUACUUACAGAGAUUGAUUUUUAUAUGCAUUUAUCCAAAUCUUCAGAAUUGUUAAACGAAAAGUACGCAGUUGUGCAAUUGAGCUACCAGCAAGGAUUAUUGCUGGUGUCUACGCUCUUCAGAACUAUUUUGGUAGAUAAAAAUCAUAAUAGCAAAGUUUCUCAGGUUGGUCAGAAGGAGAGAAAAACUUUGGGGAAAUUAGGAGCCGUUUUUGGGACACGGUUGACUCCAAUUCAGGAGCCAAUUAUUUAUGCCAGUAGACCGGGAUUGAGAUUGUGGGAAGCUGAUAAGACUGGUACUGUACUAAAGACUUUGAUUUUUAAAGAAGCGGUUCAGAGUAACAACACUCAGGUACUUUUGUUGAACCCCGCGCCUGAAAUGCUGAAGAAAAAACGCGGAGAGCCUACUUUUGGUGUAGUUCUCCCUUUUUGCGAUGAUCUUUUUGUUACUUACAGUGAAGACUAUAUUCAUGUUAUUAAUCCGGUUACAAUUACAAUUACAUCUGUAGUUAACGAUCUCAGAAAAAUUACAGAUGUUGCUUGUACGAGGGACGAAAUAUUUGUUUUAGAGGGAGAGAGAAAUAUUCUAAGGAUCGCUUAUCAUCCAGAGUCUUGUACGAUUGAAUCCACUCCGGAGGAAUUGAAGGAACCAAUGGGAUCCUUUAAGGAAAUUAGCAAGCCUGUAACUAAAAGUAUUAUUGGUCUUACGACCAAGCUAAAAGAAAAUUCAAUCCCGAUUCCGUUUUAUAAAAUCAGUCCUAGUAAUAUUAUCCAAGCGCUUAGUGUCUUGCCGUCCCGGGGGGUAGAUCCUAAUCCAGUUGUCAGUGGGGAAGAAGCUACGGAGAUGCCUCCGAUAGUUCCGCUGAGUAUUGACACUCCUUUGGUCGCUGAAGUCCCGGUGGAAACUGAGCAAGGAACGGAGUCCAGGGAUACUGUGGAUGCUCGGCUGAGUAGGAGACAAAUUUUUCAGAAAAUUAGCGAGCAGGAUUUUGAAGAUGUGGUUUUUACUCCGGAGAGGAAGAAUAAGAAACAGAAUAAGUGUAUUAAUGGAAAUUUUGAUAAGAUUUCUGAUAGUAUUCAGGCUUACAGUAUUCAUGAAACUCACUCAUCGCUGCUGACUUUGAGUAUUGAUGAUGAAUCUCUGAUUAAAAGUGAACGAAACUUGGAGAAUAUUCAAAAGGAUGUUGAGACUAAGGAGAAGUUACUUGCUGAUGUGCUUAAUUUUGAUUGGUCUGAGUACAUGACGAGCAGCCAAAUUUAUUCGCCGGAUUCUACUACCAAUAAUUCACUCAAUACUAUCACUUAUUUAAAUUGUACAGAACCCACGAUAGAACCUAAAGUAUUAUCUUCUUCUACAAGAGAAAAUGAUGUCAGUGAACAUACUGAUGAGUCUGAUGAGGACGAAAGCUAUCGCACGGAGUUGAAAAAAUUAGAAACUCUUGCUGAAGAUUGGGUGGUUGUUUCAUCAGUUGAAUAA